UCGCGGCCUCACUCAGGUGGUGCAGUUGCUGGCGUUGCACACGACUACGUAAUACGUAGGCGAGAUUUCUGCAGCGACGAUGGAGCUGAAAUCCGCCGUGCUCGCCGUCGCGGCGCUGUGCCUCGCGCUCGCGCUCCUGCUCCCGCGCGUCGCGCUGUCACAGAGGCUAGCUACAGCGGACGCCCCCGCGCCGGCGCCGGCGCCGCGCCACGUCGACCUCGCCGAGCUGCUCUCCCUCGCCGGGCCGUACGGCACGUUCCUGGGCUACCUCACCAAGACGGGCGUGAUCACGACGUUCCAGAGCCAGGCCAACGACACCGCCGCCGGCGCCCCCGGCGUCACCGUGUUCGCCCCCGAGGACUCGGCGUUCGCGGCCGUCGGCGGCGGCGCCGCGCUGUCCAACCUCACCGCCGACCAGCUCCGCACGCUCAUGCUGUGCCACGGGGUGCCCCGGUACCACCCGCUCUCGUCGUUCUCGGCGCUGGCCGCGUCGGGCCCGGCGCCCACGUUCGCCGGCGGGCAGCAGUACGCCGUGAACGUCACUGACGCCGCCGGGACGGUCCGCAUCCAGUCCGGCUGGGCCACCGCGAAGCUCGUCAGCAGCGUGUACUCGACGUCGCCCGUGGCGGUGUACGCGCUGAACAGGGUGCUGCUGCCGGAGCAGAUCUUCCCGACCGCCCCUAAGGUCGCACCCGUGCCGGCCCCGGCCCCGGCGCCGGUGCACGGGGACAAGGCGAACGACGGCGCACCGGGCGCAGGCGAGCUUGGCGCCUCGGACGUCAAGAGUUCGUCGUGCCGGGUUGGCGCCGGGCGCCUUCUCGCCAUCUUGGCUGUAAUGGUAUCCAGUUUUUCUGAUGAUAUAGUGGUGUGAUUUUUUUUUUUUUGGCGUGGGUACAUAUAUACAGUACUUCCCUCGUUUCAUAAUGUAAUACUUUCUACCAUUAACCACAUUCAUUUAGAUGUUAAUGAAUCUAGACAUAUGCAUGUAUUUAGAUUCAUUAACAUUUAUAUGUAUGUGGGCAAUGGUAAAAAGUCUUACAUUGUGAAACGGAGGGAGUAAUGUUUAUGUUUUUUGUCAAUUCGUUUGUCGCAUCUCUGUAUGUAAACAUUCAUUUUGCAUGAACAUAUCUGCAAAUAACAUUUUCUGGCAGUUUAAACGAAAUAAGAUUCUACAAAAUGAGUUGGUUUCUA